UCUCUUAACAGGUGCUUUUGUGAAAAUGGCUCCAUCAAUAAGUAAACUGACAAAAAGAGCAAGAAAAGUUCUUUCAAUUAAAGAGAAAAUAGAACUGAUUAACGAAUAUCGCAAGAACCCAUCCGUUCAUUUUUUAUCUGAAAAAUAUGGUGUUGGCAAACAAACUGUACGAGACUUAAUAAAAAACAAAGAAAAAAUUUUGAAAUAUGAAUCGGAAAGUGAUUCAAUUCACGGUUUAAAAAAUAGACAUACUCUGAAAAAAUCCGAAAAUCCAAAGGUUGAUUUUGCAACAUAUGAAUGGUUUCGACAAGAAAGAUUUAAGGGAUGUCCCAUUACAGGCGAAAUGAUUACUGAGAAGGCAAAAUAUUUUCAUGGUAAAUUAAACAUAAAUUCCGAGUGUAAGUAUUCAUCUGGUUGGCUGGAAAAAUUCAAAAAUCGGCAUGGAAUUCGUAGGCUGAAAUCCACAGGAGAAAAGGAGUGUGCUGAUUAUGUGUCUGCAACGAUGUUUGUGGAAGACUUAAACGAAUACAUUAAAAAUGAACAACUUACAACUGAACAAAUUUAUAAUGCAGACGAAUCCGGUCUAUUUUGGAAGUGUUUGCCCCAAAAUUCGUUGGCGAGUGGGGAUGAAUAUUCUAUUGAGGGGUACAAAGAGUCCAAGGAAAGAAUCACAGCUUUACUUUGUGCAAAUGCAGCUGGGACUCACAAGUUUUAUAAGUCUAAUAAGAGAGCUUGGGUAACACAAGAGCUAUUUCUGGAGUGGUUUAACAACAAUUUUGUACCAGAGGUAAGAGAACAUUUACAACGCAUUGGUCUCGAAAAGAAUUGCAAAGUUCUUUUGCUAUUAGACAACUGUCCAGCACACCCGGAUGUAAAUGCAAUGAUAUCUGAUAAUGUUACAGUAAAAUAUCUACCACCGAAUUGUACAUCUUUGAUUCAGCCUAUGGAUCAAGGAGCCAUUCGGAGUUUCAAAUGCCAGUACCGUAAAUUUAUCGUGCAAAAACUUGUGGAUUCUAAUAGUCGACACGAAUUUGUUAAAUCUUUGAACAUUAAGUCAGCUUUAUGGACAGCAGCGACUUCGUGGGAUUCUGUAACCCCACGUGUUUUAAAUAAAGUUUGGAAUAACUUACUAUCUCAAGAUGAUGAAAAUGAUUCAACUUUUAGUAUUGAGAUACAAUCAGAUGUAUUAAUACCACCUGGUUUUACAGCUGAUGCUAUCUCAAAGUGGAUGGAGUGCGAUAUUGAUGUCGCACCGUUUGCUAUUGUAUCUGAUGAUGAAAUCGUUAACAUGGUCAAUCAAACAGAAGAAUAUGAGCUUGAGUCAAAUUCAGAGGAAUCAGAUGGAGGUAAUACGGUAGAAACCCCCACAUUAGCUCAAGCAAUAGAGGCUAGUAGUGUUUUGUUAAAGUUCUUAAAAAACUAUACUGGUACAGGUAUUUCAGAACCAGACAAAAUACAAGUGUAUCGCAUACAAAGUCAUUUACUUAAGGAACAAAUGAAUUCUAAAAGACAAACUACUUUAAACGAAUAUUUUAAAUUAAUAUAA